UGCGCAUGCACUGUUACUGUGGUGAUUACGGCUGUCGUCAUGAAGAAAGUCCGACGACAAUCAGACUUAGAUUGGGCGUCUCCCAAGCUGCCAUUCAUCAAUGCAGCUGAAGGUCGACUUCAUCAGAAAAAACAAACUCAAAUGCAGCAGAAACAAACCAUUGCGACGUUUCUGUUGAAUGCUCGACGUGCGUUACUCGAGGGUAAGUUCGAUGCUGCGUAUGCCACUGGCACCGAUCUGUUGCGGACAGCAGUUGAGAUACACGGAAUGAAUAGCACAGAACUCAUACCAUCCUAUCUCAUUCUGGGAGCAGCUUGUAUGGGUUUGUCUUGUAUUCCUCAGGCUGAGAAAUAUUUGAGUCAGGCUCAGUGGCUUUUGUUGAAGAAGCCAUCGUGUGACAACAGUGUCAAGUGUCGUGUUUUCUGGCAGUUGGGAUUGCUGUAUACAGCUCAGAGAAAAUUUGAGAAAGCGAGACACUCACUUGCUGAAGAUAUGUUGUUGAACAAAUCGAGGCCAUACAAAUGCUGCAAACAAUACGAAUGUCAAGAGAGAAGCAGACAAGUACAGGAUUAUCACCACUCAUCUUGAUUGAUGUUUAUUACACGUUAUGUCUUCUCUAUGAGUUUCUUGGAAAUCAGUCACUGGUGAUUGAGUAUGGUGAGAAGGCACGUCAACUGAACAAUUCCCAAGAGGUUCCAGAUCAGCAAGUCACAGGAAAUCUCACUUUACUACUCAACUCAAUUUCCUGACAGUACAUGUACAUGUAUGAUUGAACCAUUUUAAAU